AUGCACCGUGGAGCAGCCGAUCAGGAAAACGGUGAGAGAGAGAGAAGAAAAAGAGGAGAGAUGGUGGCGGAAGAAGGCGAAACGCCGAGAAGCCCAGAGGCAAAACUUGGGAUGCAAGUUGAGGAUUUGUGGGAUGUGCAAGAGCCUCAGCUUAGCCCUACUGAGAAGCUCAACGCUUGCUUUGAGAGCAUCCCUGUUUCUGCUUUCCCACCUGCACCUUCAUCACAAGUCAUUGAGAUAAGAUCAGACACAAGCCUGGACGAGGCUGUCAAGUUACUGGCAAGGCACAAAGUCCUUAGUGCCCCUGUUGUUGAUGUAAAUGCACCUGAUGACGCCAGCUGGAUCGACCGAUACAUUGGCGUCGUUGAGUUUGCUGGCAUUGUUGUGUGGAUUCUGCAUCAGGUUGGGGAUAUAUCGGGAACUUUUCGCUGGGCCCCAUUUCUGGCUUUGCAGAAGGCCAACUCGUUUCUGACUAUGCUCCUAUUGCUGUCCAAAUACCGUAUGAAGAGUGUCCCUGUUGUUGAUUUGGGGGAAGCGAAGAUCGACAAUAUCAUCACUCAGAGUGCCGUUAUUCACAUGCUCGAAGAAUGUGCAGGUCUUCACUGGUUCGAGAGCUGGGGUUCCAAAAGGCUCUUUGAACUGGGACUUCCUCUCAUGAAAUCUCGCCACAUAAUAAAGGUCAAUGAGGAUGAGCCUGUUCUUCAGGCGUUCAAACUAAUGCGGCAAAAUGGAGUUGGAGGUGUGCCUGUGGUUGCAAAUGGUGGAAAUAAGGCAAUCGGCAAUAUAAGCAUCCGAGAUAUCCAAUUCCUUCUCAUGGCACCUGAGAUCUACAAGGAGUAUAGAUCAAUCACUGCCAAGAACUUCCUGGCGGCAGUGAGAAGGCAUCUUGAGGAGCAGCAGAAUGAGUCUCCAUUGGUGACAUGCAUGAAGGACGAUACCCUUAAACAAGUGAUUAUCAAGCUCGACUCAAUGAAGAUCCACCGCAUAUAUGUGGUUGACGAAUCCGGGAAUCUGGAAGGAGUUAUCACUCUAAGGGACAUAAUAUCAAAGCUCGUGCAUGAGCCGAGAGGUUAUUUUGGGGAUUUCUUUGAUGGUGUCCUGCCACUGCCUGCCAAUAGCAGGGUCUGA